AUGGGCGGCACUCCGCGGAGCAGCAUCGGCCACAUCCUUCCCGGCGCCGGCUUCCUGGCCGUCGGCCUGUGGCACCUGUUCAACCACAUCAGGCUCUUCUCCCUGCGCCCUGACGCGUACGUCGCGCCAGUCUGGUUCCCGGCGCCGCGCGUCCGCCACCUGGAGCUCAUCCUCGUCAUCGCCGGCAGCGCCGUCGAGUUCUCCAUGGAGAUGUUCGUGGACCACUCCACCUUCCUGCCGUUCGACGCCGACGGCUCCAUCCCGUCCGACCGCCUGCACAACCACGAGCACGCCAUCAUCUGCCUCGCGCUCCUCGUCUACGCGGCCUCCGCGCUGCACCUCGACCGCGCCCGCGCCCAGUGCCGCGACGCGCUCUCCCUGCUCCUCGUCGCGGUCGUCUUCGCGCAGGAGCUGCUCGUGUUCCACUUCCACUCCACCGACCACGCUGGCUUCGAGGGCCACUUCCACUGGCUCCUGCAGCUCGUGGUCGCCGCGUGCCUCGUCACGGCGCUCCUGGGCAUCGCCUUCCCGCGGAGCUUUGUCGUGGGCCUGGUCCGGUCGGCGUGCGUCACGUUCCACGGGGUGUGGCUCAUCGUCAUCGGCGCCAUGGUGUGGGUCCCGAGCCGUGUGCCCAAGGGCUGCUCGCUCGUGGAGGAGGACGGCCGCAACACCGUGCGCUGCCACAGCGAGGCCAGCAUGCACCGCGCCAAGGCGCUCGCCAACCUACAGUUCGGGUGGUACCUGUCCUUCAUGACGGUUUUUGUCGUCGUGCUCUACGUCAACGUGUGCAGGAUGUAUCCUGCGGAGACAGCGUACGUGCGGCUGCCGCCGGAAGCCGGCGAAGAGGAGGAACACCUGAAGCGCAAGUGCGGGGUCGUCUCCGGCGACGACGAUGUUCAGGGAUUCACGCCCUUGGAGAUCGAGGUGUAA